AUGAAGUUGACCAAGUUCUCAAUUCUCGCUGCAAUCUCGCUGGCUAUCACAAAAUGUGGGGCUGUCAACGUUACAAUCUCAGAUGAUACUUCUAACGGCAUCAAGAUUGAUCCCGCUUUGGUCUCCUUCAGUAUCGAGCUGGACCGCUGGCCAGAUUGGGUAGGAUCUUUGGGGAGACCGAACAAGUACACGCAAACGGUUCUGAAAAAUGUUCAAGAUAGGACAGGUUUUCCAUCAGCUUUUCGAGUUGGCGGCAACUCUGAAGACAAUGCAGUGUAUGAUCCACGUUUUCAGUAUGUAAAUGCUACUUUCCCGCCAAAGACGGAUAUUAAGCCUUGGCCAGAGGCUAGUAAUAUCAGUAUUGGAAGGGACUUCUAUCGUCUCUCCGGAAACCUGCUAGCAGGCACAGAGUUCACUUGGGGUGUAAACCUGAAGUAUAGGAAUGUAACGAUUGCAGUGGAGGAAGCGAAGGCGAUCAUGGCCACCUUCAAGACUCUUCAUCAUGUCAGCCUAUCCAUGAUUGAAAUUGGCAAUGAGCCAGAUUUUUAUUAUACAUCGGCACAAGCCUAUGCAGAUGAUUGGCUGGAGAUGGCAAAUGCCGUCUCUGAAGCUGUGCAUCUUGUCAAAGGUAAAAAGCCAACUUUGCAGGGAGCAGCCUUUGCAGGCACAAGCAUAACAAUGAGAAACUUAUUGAGCACUGGAUAUGCCACCAAUGGUUCUGGAGAGCUUUUAAGCACACUGUCUCAGCACCGAUAUCAAGGAUCGUUCUGUCAAGGAUCUGGAGGUUUGAUCGCGGACCUUAUGAAUAAAAAUCAUAUACGCGGAAAUCUCUCCAAUUAUAAACCGGAUAUUGUUGCCACCAACAACGCCGGAUUAACUUAUGUGAUGGGUGAAACAAAUUCAUACGCAUGCCACGGUGCACCUGGUCUUAGUAACACGGCUGGGGCAGCCAUUUGGGGUGUUGACUACGUAUUGCAAGCCGCCAAAAUCAACAUGACAAGAUGUUAUUUCCACAACGGCAUUGGGUACAAGUACAACUUCUUUCAACCUAUAGCUGGUGUUGGCGAUGACGGUGUCAACAAGUCAAGUGUUCCACAUAUUAUGCCACUUUACCAUGUCUUACUUAUUGUCGGUGAAGCCAUUGGUAACUCGGGUAAAAGUACUCUUCAGGAACUAUCAAUUGACGAGACAAAUGUAUCAGGAUAUGGUAUUUAUGAACACGGCAAGCUAGAGCGCAUUGUUCUGAUCAAUAGCAAUCUGUACUUGAACACAGACAGUCAAAGACCUGUUGUAACUGUCAGUUUACAAAACUUACCUACCAAGGCGCGCAUACAAGCCAAACGAUUCACGACUCCUUCAGCCGAUGCAACUCAUGGAUUAACGUGGGGUGGCCAAUCGUUUGAAACGUCUUCUGGUUUGCCUUCUGGUCGAGUCGUAACUGAGACCGUGUCAGCCUCCAAUAUUACUAUCAGCGCAAGUGAAGUAAUUUUGCUUUCAAUCCAUUGA